AUGUAUCGUAAACCACCAGUGGGUCGGAUAACUGGUACAACAAGUAUUACUGGUGCAGGCCCAGUGGGUGGAGGAAAACCUGAUCGAUUUAUACCUCAGAAACUAGCAAGAAUUGGUAAAGAAUACAAAUUCUAUCAUUAUGAUGAACCACACGCUUAUAUCCUCCAGUAUAGACGAGAUUGUACUCGAAUUUCAAAUACUAAAGGCAAUUGUGACAAAGGACCAUUAGAAGAGUUUACUAAAACAAUAUUAAAAGAUGCAGUUCAUGCGGAGAAUGAUAGUCAAUCACAGAAUAAAACUCCUCCACCUCCUCCUGAAUAUUCUGACCUUACACAGUUGUACACUUCAGAAACAAAUAAUUCUCAGACUCAAGGUAGUAUAUCAUCAGAUGCCAGGAAUAAAAAGUCAUCUUUGAUCAACACCACUAAUCGUCAUAUGUGGGUGAAUACUACUGUGCCAGUUGGAUCACGUAAUAUGCUCUCGAUAAAAUUUUCAAAUUUGGAUAUCAACACACCGAAUAUGAAUCAUUCAAAACAAAAACUGACGAAAAAGGAAUCACUGACUCCUAAAAGAAUGACUGAUUCGCGUUCAAGUCGACCUUGUUCAGGAAAAUCGAUUAUUGGCAUAAACAACCCUAGCAACAACAAUAAUAAUACCAACAGUUCCAAUCAGCAAUCCAUUAUUCCACCUAAAGACAAUAUUACCGCAAAAUUAAAGAGCGAGUCUAAUACACAGGAAGCUAAUCUCAACCAACCAAUACAUAAUGCAAGUCAUCCUGGAUUUUGGCCAUUAUUAUAUAAAAAAUUACUACAACUACAAGCUGAUCUUUAUGGAAUAACAACAGAAGACGAGAAGUAG